AUUGCUGAUGAGUCCGGGCAGGCAGGGCGGUGAGGGCGGAACGGGCUUUAAAUGAGCUCUUCUCUAUUCAUUCACACUCAAUGCUGUUCAACCAUGGAGCUCAAAACAACGUCUGUGCUGCUGCUCAUCUGCGUCACCAUCAUCAUCCUCACCAGCACUGAAGUGGAUGCCAUUCCCAGUUGUUGUCUGAGAGUUUCAAAGUACAUCCGUCGGGAAGACCUCCAUUCGGUCUCCAAAUAUGAGAUCCAGCAUAAAUCUGGUGUCUGUGAAAUAGAUGCAGUGGUAUUACACAUCAGAAAGAAACUGAUCUGUGCUGAUCUCAGAGUCUUGCCGCGCUUGAAGAGACUCAAGAAGAAUCACAAACCCAAACGGGCUUAAGCGAAGAAUAAACAUCAUCAUCUGUCUUAUAAUGCAUGAAUCUAUCAGCAGUUUCAGUACUUGUUUGAUUGCAUGUUUUAAAAGUCCUUUUUAAAAAAUUUUUUACCACAAUAUACUGUAUAUAUUCUUUGUAUGCUCUGCUUUUUAAUACAA